UUUUUUCAAUUCAAAGUCCAUUUUUUCAAUUUCAUUUCAUUUUUCUCUGUUCGGACAUUAAUCCAUCCACUUUAUUGUUUUUCCUACAAACUAUUUCUCUCUCCUCUCUCUCUCCAUUUCUCCAACAGAAACCGGCGUUGGGAUCUCCGCCGGAAAACUUCACCAAUUUCCGAUCGGAGAUUAUGAAUGUUUAGCUGUGGAGAAAAUUAUAAACAAUUUAGCAAGAGGAGAGAGAGAUAUUACAGGUGGUUUUAACGUGCAAUGUAGGAAAAACACAUACACAACAGGAGAGAGAAGAAGAAGAUAGAGAUAGAGAGAGAAAGGCAUCGAAGCUUUGGAGGUUUCUGCACGGCACGGAUACCUAGAUCUCUUCUUCAAUUUCCCUUCCUUACCUUGCCUUGCCUUGUGCCGUAAUUUAUUCCUAAACUCUCUGUUCUCUCCUCCUAAUCUUUAUAGCUACCUCUCAUCCCUUCCAAUUUUUUAUCUCUCUCAUCAUUCUCUUGUCUACAGAAAUACUUCGAAACAGGAUCUUCUUCAAGCUUCUUACAAGGUUGAUGUAUUUCGUCGUCUGAUUGAAAGAAGGGAUUCUAACUUCGAUUAUAUAAUUCCUUCUGUAUCCAACUUGCAUCACACCAUCUCAAAUGAGAGAGCUACAGGGUUUAUCGCCAUCAUCUUACUUCUCCGAGGAAUUAUGUUUUCGUGAUGAGAGACAAGUUGGAUUUUGGAAGGCAAAUAGCCUGCAGAACUAUCAUGGUCUUAAAAGUGAUGAUGCUUUACAAAGAGCUGCUGUUCGUUCAUCACCCUUUGAGAAUCAUAUUUCGUUGGGCUCCCCGACGACGAAGCAUUUUGAACAUCAUGAUUCUCAUCUAAAACAAGACAAAAAUGUUAACAGUAUCAUAGAAAGACGAGCUGUUGGAAUAGAAAGAGCAUCUCACUCCUUACCUAGAGGUCUUGACUAUAACAUGGGUGUAAGAUCUAUUGUCAGCACUGACUUGCCAACUUAUCCAACAGAAGAUGACAAAAUUAGCGUAUUGGGCGGUCAAUAUGAGAAUGGUCUUUUCUCGAGCUCAUUAUCAGAGUUAUUCAGUAGAAAAUUGCGAUUACCGACCAACUAUUCCCCACAUGGCCAUUCUGUUGGAGCAGCUGACUCACACUAUGAAGAAGAACGCUUUGAGUCCCUUAAAGAACUUGAGGCCCACGCUAUUGGAAAUCUUCUCCCUGAUGAUGAUGACUUGCUUGCUGGGGUUACUGAUGGGCUAGACUAUGUUGGCCAACCCUAUGCUGGUGAUGAAACUGAGGAUCUUGAUCUUUUCAGUAGUGUUGGAGGUAUGGACCUAGGAGAAGAUGGUUCCUCUACAGGACAACAAAAUUCUGAAUAUGCUGGGAAUUAUACUCUGCCAUUGGGAGACUCUAAUGCUGCAAUUGGUAGCCAGAAACCUUUCGAGGAAAAUCCAUCUAGAACGCUCUUUGUAAGAAAUGUAAAUAGCAGUGUUGAAGAUUCUGAACUACAAACUCUUUUUGAGCAAUAUGGAGAUAUUCGCACGCUAUAUACAGCAUGCAAGCAUCGCGGUUUUGUUAUGAUAUCUUAUUAUGAUAUUCGAGCAUCACAGAAUGCCAUGAAAGCUCUUCAGAACAAUCCACUCAGACGCAGGAAGCUAGACAUACAUUUCUCUAUUCCCAAGGUAUGUAUGCUUCAUCUUUCGAAGCUAGACAUACAUUUCUCUAUUCCCAAGGACAAUCCAUCAGAAAAAAAUGCCAACCAAGGGACUCUCCUGGUUUUCAACCUUGAUUCCUCUGUUUCAAAUGAUGAACUUCGACAAAUAUUUGGUGUAUAUGGGGAGAUUAAGGAGAUCCGCGAGACUCAGCAUAGAAGCCAUCACAAAUAUAUAGAGUUUUAUGAUGUUAGAGCUGCAGAAGCUGCUCUUCGUGCUUUAAACAGGAGUGACGUUGCAGGGAAGCAGAUAAUGAUUGAAGCAAUCCAUCCUGGUGGUACCAGACGGUUGUCGCAGCAAUUUCCUUCUGAGCUGGAGCAAGAUGAACCUGGUCUUUAUUUGCACCAGAAUAGUCCUAGCAGUUUAGCCACUGGAUUUUCUGUUCCAGGAGCACUUCCACAUGGAGGACAUUGUUUGAGUAUGGAAAAUGGAUCUAUUCUGCGCAGACAAUCAGCCAGUGGUUCUGCCAUGAAUUCCUAUUUGGAUAAUGCAUUUGACUGUGGAUUAUCAUUCAGUGUUCCUAACAGCUUAUUGAGGUUGGAAUCUAAGGGGGGCAACCAAGCUAAUGUUGGUGAAACUGGCCACCUGCAGAGCCAAUUCAAUUUUGACCUUCGGGGCACAUCAGGUCUCCAUCCUCAUUCUCUGCCAGAGUACCAUGAUGGUUUAUCUAAUGGAACUACCUCCAUUUCUCCGGGCGGCAUUUCUGCAAAUAUGAAUAUCAGGCCACUAGAAGCAAUAGAAAACCGAAAGUUCUCCAGAGUUGGCCCUAAUGGGCAACCGGUUGAACUAAAUGAAGUUUUUACUCCAAAUGGAACUGCAAAUUGUCCUUCUCCUGGGCACCAAUACAUGUGGAGUAAUUCACAUCAAUCGCAGCCUCAAGGCAUGAUGUGGCCAAACUCACCAACAUAUGUAGGUGGGGUCUGUGCUUCUCGCCCUCAACAACUGCAUUCAGUUCCAAGGGCUCCGUCCCACAUGCUCAAUGCACUUGUACCAAUAAACAACCAUCAUGUGGGUUCAGCGCCCUCUGUUAAUCCAUCCCUCUCUCUCUGGGAUAGAAGACAUGCCUAUGCAGGAGAAUCUCCAGAUGCAUCUGGUUUUCAUCCAGGUUCUCUGGGAAGUAUGAGGAUUUCUGGAAAUUCACCACAUCCUUUGGAGUUCAUUCCUCAUAACGUUUUCUCGCGCACUGGUGGCAGCUGUAUAGACUUGCCCAUGUCUUCCAGUAAUGUCGGCCAUCAGCAGAGAAAUUUAAUGUUUCCUGGUAGAGCUCAAAUAAUUCCUAUGAUCGGUUCGUUUGAUUCUCCAAAUGAAAGGAUGCGGAGCCGUAGGAAUGAAGGCAAUUCAAGUCAGACUGACAACAAGAAGCAGUUUGAACUGGAUAUUGAACGGAUUGCACGAGGGGACGAUAAAAGGACAACCCUAAUGAUAAAGAAUAUUCCUAACAAAUAUACUUCAAAAAUGCUUUUGGCUGCAAUAGAUGAGCGUCACAGAGGAACAUAUGAUUUCAUCUAUCUACCCAUUGAUUUCAAGAACAAAUGCAAUGUAGGCUAUGCGUUUAUCAACAUGACUGAGCCUUCUCUUAUUGUUCCGUUUUAUCAUGCAUUCAAUGGAAAGAAAUGGGAAAAAUUCAAUAGUGAGAAGGUGGCAUCACUUGCAUAUGCUCGCAUUCAGGGAAAAUCUGCACUCAUUGCUCACUUCCAGAAUUCUAGCCUGAUGAAUGAAGAUAAGCGAUGCCGACCAAUCCUCUUCCACACUGAUGGCCCUAAUGCUGGUGAUCAGGUGCCGUUUCCCAUGGGUGUAAACAUGAGGCCAAGAAGCAGCAAAAAUCGAGCUGGCACGAGUGAGGAAAGCUACCAAGAGAGCAAGGAUUUCAUAAUUGAAGAGUCUGUUAAUGAAUCAAAUUGAGGAAGCUGCUGCAAUUUUGUUGGUACUAACCUACUAAUAGGAGGAUUUUGGAACUGGAAAGAAAUAUCCACCCAAUUUUUAUUAAUGUACAUUAGGGUGGUCAUGGAAAGACGAGAAGAAAAAAAAAGUUGUAUUUUUAUGAAUUUUGGGACAAGACUCCUUAAAUAGUCAUGAAAAUUGAGGCAUCUCAGUGGAGCUUCAAAAUUUUGCAAGAUUUGGGAGGCUACUAAUUCAUAUGAGUUUCCAUGUAUUCAUAAAACAUUUGCGGCACAAAUGGAGGGUUUUCUUGUAUCUCUUUCUCUCUCCUGGCAUUUUCCAUAUCUUUUUUGUCAACUGACAAUAUUAUUAAGAAAUAUUUUUUCUUA